AUGGACCUGGGGAGCGCGGCGAGGAGAGCGGGAGCUACCCCUGCGCCCCUGGGCGUCUGGAGACCCUUUCCCUCCUCCUGCGGCUGCUGCUUCUCCUCGCUCCUGGAUGUGAACAGCUGGCUGCUCUUCUACGGCUUCUUGUACCUGGCCCUCUAUGCCCAGGUGUCCCAGUCCAAGUCUUGCGACAAAAUCUCCUGCUUCUCGGGUCAUUGUGUCAACUCCACCUGUGUCUGCGACCAGGGCUGGGUGGGAGACCAGUGCCAACAUUGCCAGGGCAGGUUCAAGUUAACAGAACCUUCUGGAUACUUAACAGAUGGACCAAUAAAUUAUAAAUAUAAAACUAAAUGUACAUGGUUAAUUGAAGGAUACCCAAAUGCAAUACUAAGAUUAAGAUUUAAUCACUUUGCCACAGAAUGUAGUUGGGACCAUAUGUAUGUAUAUGAUGGAGAUUCAAUAUAUGCACCUUUAAUAGCUGUGUUUAGUGGUCUAAUAGUCCCUGAAGUACGUGGAAAUGAAACUGUUCCUGAAGUAGUUACUACAUCUGGCUAUGCAUUGCUACACUUUUUUAGUGAUGCUGCCUAUAACCUAACUGGAUUUAACAUUUUUUACUCCAUUAAUUCUUGUCCUAAUAACUGCUCAGAACAUGGGAAGUGUACAACCAGUGUGUCCAUACCAAGCCGGGUAUACUGUGAAUGUGACAAGUAUUGGAAAGGAGAAGCUUGUGAUAUUCCAUAUUGUAAAGCCAACUGUGGCAGUCCAGAUCAUGGGUACUGUGAUUUGACAGGCGAGAAGCUGUGUGUUUGCAACGAUAGCUGGCAAGGUCCAGAUUGUUCUUUGAACGUCCCCUCCACGGAGUCUUACUGGAUUCUACCAAAUGUAAAGCCAUUCAGCCCUUCUGUGGGCCGGGCUUCCCACAAGGCAAUCCUACAUGGGAAAUUUAUGUGGGUGAUUGGUGGAUACACAUUUAAUUACAGUUCAUUCCAAAUGGUGUUGAACUACAACUUGGAAAGCAGUAUAUGGAAUGUAGUCCCUGUAUCCAAAGGGCCACUCCAGAGAUAUGGACACACUCUUGCUUUAUAUCAGGAAGACAUCUACAUGUAUGGAGGUAAAAUUGAAACCAACAAUGGCAAUGUUACUGACGAGCUGUGGAUUUUCAACAUACCCAGUCAAACGUGGAGUACCAGAACUCCUGCAGUACUUGUACAUGGCCAACAAUAUGCUGUGGAAGGUCACUCAGCACACGUAGUAGAGCUGGACAGCAGAGAUGUGGUUAUGAUUAUAAUUUUUGGAUAUUCUGCCAUCUAUGGUUACACAAGCAUUGUGCAAGAAUACUACAUCAGGUCUAAUUCUUGGCUUGUACCAGAAACAAAAGGAGCAAUUGUGCAAGGUGGAUAUGGCCAUACUAGUGUCUAUGAUGAGCUGACAAAAUCUGUUUAUGUCCAUGGUGGAUAUAAAGCGUUACCUGGCAAUAAAUAUGGAUUGGUGGAUGAUCUUUACAGAUAUGAAGUUAAUACUCGGACAUGGACUAUUUUGAAGGAAAGUGGUUUUGCAAGGUAUCUUCAUUCAGCUGUCUUAAUCAACGGAGCUAUGCUCAUUUUUGGUGGAAACACACAUAAUGAUACCUCCCUGAGUAACGGUGCAAAGUGUUUUUCUGCCGACUUUCUUGCAUAUGAUAUAGCUUGUGAUGAAUGGAAGAUUUUACCAAAACCUAAUCUGCAUCGAGAUGUCAACAGAUUUGGUCACAGUGCUGUUGUCAGUAAUGGGUCCAUGUAUAUAUUUGGGGGUUUUUCAAGCGUUCUUUUGAAUGACAUCCUUGUGUACAAGCCUCCAAACUGUGAAGCAUUCAGAGAUGAAGAGCUGUGUAAAAAUGCUCGUCCAGGGAUAAGGUGUCUGUGGAACAAGAAACAUUGUGAAUCUUGGGAAUCUGGACAUGCAAAUAACAUCCUCAGGGCAAAAUGUCCUAAGAAAACAGCUGCUGCAGAUGACAGAUGUUACCGAUACGCAGACUGUGCGAGCUGCACUGCCAAUACAAACGGGUGCCAGUGGUGUGAUGACAAGAAGUGCAUUUCAGCAAAUAGUAACUGUAGCAUGUCGGUUAAAAACUACACCAAGUGUCAUGUGAGGAACGAACAGAUCUGCAAUAAACUGACCAGCUGCAAAAGCUGCUCGCUACACCUGAACUGCCAGUGGGACCAGCGGCAGCAGGAGUGCCAGGCACUACCUGCUCAUCUGUGUGGAGAAGGAUGGAGUCAUAUUGGAGAUGCCUGCCUCCGCAUAAAUUCUAGUCGGGAAAGCUAUGACAAUGCCAAACUCUAUUGCUACAACUUAAGUGGGAAUCUUGCCUCAUUAACAACCUCAAAAGAAGUGGAAUUUGUUCUGGAUGAAAUACAGAAGUAUACACUUCAGAAAAUUUCACCUUGGGUAGGUUUACGCAAGAUCAACAUCUCCUACUGGGGAUGGGAUGACAUGUCUCCUUUUACAAAUACUACACUGCAAUGGCUUCCAGGAGAGCCAAAUGAUUCUGGCUUCUGUGCAUAUCUAGAAAGAGCAGAGGUGGCAGGUCUGAAAGCGAAUCCAUGCACUGCAAUGGCAGAUGGUCUUGUGUGUGAAAAACCUGUCGUUAGUCCCAACCAGAAUGCCAGGCCCUGCAAAAAGCCGUGCUCCCUGCGAACAACGUGUUCUAACUGCACAAGUAACGGUAUGGAAUGUAUGUGGUGCAGCAGUACAAAGCGCUGCGUUGACUCAAACGCCUAUAUAAUCUCCUUCCCAUAUGGACAAUGUCUAGAAUGGCAAACUGCCACAUGCUCCCCUCAAAACUGCUCUGGACUGAGGACCUGUGGCCAGUGUUUGGAACAGCCAGGGUGUGGAUGGUGUAAUGAUCCCAGUAACACUGGAAAAGGGCAAUGUUUGGAAGGAUCAUCAAGAGGCCCAAUGAAGCCUGUUGGCACACACUCUAAUGAAAUGGUGCUCGAUGCUAAUCUUUGUCCAAAAGAGAAGAAUUAUGAGUGGUCUUUUAUCCAGUGUCCAGCUUGCCAGUGUAAUGGCCACAGCACCUGCAUCAACAGUAAUGUCUGCGAUCAAUGUAAAAACUUAACAACAGGAAAGCAAUGUGAAACAUGCAUGCCAGGAUAUUAUGGGGAUCCCACAAAUGGAGGGCAGUGUACAGCUUGCACGUGCAGUGGACACGCAAAUAUCUGUCACAUGCAAACAGGAAAAUGUUUCUGCACAACCAAGGGAAUCAAAGGAGACCAGUGUCAACUCUGUGACUCAGAAAAUAGGUAUCUUGGAAAUCCACUUAGGGGAACAUGUUACUACAGCCUUCUGAUUGAUUAUCAGUUCACCUUCAGCUUAUUACAAGAGGACGAUCGCCAUCACACUGCCAUAAACUUUAUAGCAAACCCAGAACAGUCAAAUAAAAAUUUGGAUAUAUCCAUUAAUGCAUCGAACAACUUCAACCUCAAUAUUACAUGGUCUAUUGGUUCUACAGCUGGGACAAUAUCUGGAGAAGAGAUUCCUGUUGUUUCUAAGGCUAAUAUUAAGGAAUACAGAGACAGCUUUUCCUGUGAAAAAUUCAACUUUCGCAGCAAUCCAAAUAUCACUUUCUAUGUCUAUGUCAGCAAUUUCUCCUGGCCAAUCAAAAUACAGAUUGCCUUCUCACAGCAUAAUACUAUCAUGGAUCUCGUGCAGUUCUUUGUCACCUUCUUCAGUUGUUUCUUAUCCUUACUGCUGGUAGCCGCUGUCGUAUGGAAAAUCAAACAAACCUGUUGGGCUUCUCGACGGAGAGAGCAACUUAUGCGGGAGCGACAGCAGAUGGCCAGCCGCCCCUUUGCUUCUGUCGAUGUAGCACUGGAAGUAGGAGCUGAGCAAACAGACUUUCUACGAGGGCCAUUAGAGAGUGCACCUAAACCAAUUGCCAUUGAGCCAUGUUCAGGAAACAGAGCCGCAGUCCUCACAGUAUUUCUGUGUCUGCCCAGAGGAUCAUCAGGGGUCCCUCCCCCUGGUCAAUCAGGUCUUGCAAUUGCAAGCGCACUGAUAGACAUUUCACAACAGAAGCCUGCAGACUGUAAAGAUAAGAGUUCAGGAGUCAGGAAUCGAAAACAGCAUCUUUCAACACGUCAAGGAACUUGUGUCUGAGAUUCAAAAACUACAAUUGUAUAUUCUGUAAUGUUUUCUCUUUAAAUGGCUUCCAUUGAAAGCUAUACUACAGCCUCAGUUUUUAUGGAGGCAAACCUAUGAAUGAACAUAUGAGGUAUUGUGCUCUAUUACAGUCACACAACCCAAAGCAGAACAGCCUUAUGGUAGGUAUGAGUAUGUUUGAUGAGCUUUAAUAAAAAGAGUGAAUCCUGAUAUGAAUAAAAAAUGAAAUAAAAUACUUAAUAUUCCUAAUCCUGAACAUAUCAGAGCAGGGAAUAUCCUUGAACAGAAUUAGGAUAAAUUGCACAUUGUUUUGUAACGUAGAGGAAAUUGUAUAAUUGAAAACUAAGCAAAUUCCAGGAAACUAAAGGACAUUUUUGUAUAGCUAAAUGUAACCAUGAGAAUUGUACAGUUCUUUCCUUGUAAUCAGCACUAAGAUUUCUUUCCAGCAAGCAGGAAUUCAA